ACAGCCAGACACAAAUUAAGGACGAGGCUAAAGGCAAUUGCAAACUUGGGCCUUACCCUUUAACCCUUGUCCAGCGAACUCUGUGUUCAUUUUCAUCUAUACAAACUGUUCAUUUCAGAAUCCUAAAGUUGUAAUCUAAUUGCAACUGUACAAAUUGUAUGACGCUUUCCCUUUUAAAAAUAUUUACAAAUGCCGCCAUUACCUGCUUUCCUCAACAACAGGACUUUCUGUCGUCUUUAACAUUCUGCUUUUCAAACCUUAAUUCAGCCCUGAGGAUAACAUAUCAUUAAACUACGUGUUCACAUUAUGAACUUCACGAAACGUUAAAGCCAUAACUCUCAUUGGCGCGACUUAACAAACUACUGUGUUUACGAUGCGUAAUUUGUAGCAGCGAUUUUAGGCCAAGAAGAAUGAAACACAAGAAAGAGAAAAGCAAAUCUAAACAUGAGAAACACAAAUCGGAGAAAAAACAUAAGAAUAAACAUAAAAAGCGAGAAAAAUAUAAUGAAUUAAGCUCAAGUUCAAACAGUAGUGAAGAUGAGCAUGAGUGGGUGGAAAAGCCAAUAUCACAAUCUGUAUUUACAGAUCAAAAUACACCUACUUCGUCGACCCAAGAAAAAUCUUGCAAAAGAGAGGAUUGGAUGAAUUUAAACAGUAUAUUUCCGUGUAUGUUUAAUGACAAAUCAUCAUCCUCGAAAACAGAUAAAAAUGCUGAUAAACCUGAUUUGGAUAAAUUGGGCCAAAGUGCCAGAGAAUUAAAUCCUUAUUGGAAAAAUGGUGGCAAUGGUUUACCCAGUACAAGCUUAACAAAAACAGAUACAAAGCAAAUAGCAUCUGUGGAUUGGUUAAAAAAAAGCCUUAGACGAGCACAAGAACAGGCAAAACACGAGGGAAGAAGUCUGGAAGAAGUAGCAGCUGACAGAUGGGGUUCUUUGGAAGUCAUACAGUCAAUGAUAUCUGAAGCAGAAAGAACAUCAGGAAACAUUGUGGAUAAUAGUAAAAAAUUCAAGUUUAAAAAUCAAUUAAGAAAACAUGAAAAGUACAAUGACAAUGGACAACAUUCAUAUAGUUCUACGGAAUCAAAGAGAGAUUGUCAUUUUAGAUCCAUGUCUAAAAGUCAAGAUGAACAUAAACAAUAUAGGGCACAUGAUAGUUUACAGUAUGCAAAACAAAAACAGAAAUAUAAGAAACCAAUGGAUGAUAAUUGUGUUGCUAAUACAUCGUAUAAAACUCAUCAUUCUACUACAAAAAAGUGGCAAAAAAAGGAAAUGACAGAAGAAACCAAAAAGAAUGAAUUAGAUACAAAUGUAUCUGAAUUAAAAACUAUUAGUGUGGAAAACAAAAGCAAUGUAGAUGAUUUUGAAUCCAAAGAAAUGAAAUCUUUAACAGAAGCAGAAAUGAAUAAGUUAGGGGCAAAAAUUGUUAAAGCUGAAAUAAUGGGUAAUACUGAACUUGCAGCUGAAUUAAAAAUUCAAUUGAAAGAAGCUAGAGAACUUGCUGCAAAAUCUGUGCAAUUACAUGGAACAGAAAAAGUUAAAAAUGUAAUACUUACAAGGACUGAUGCUUUGGGUGUUACAAGACCAUUGGAAUCCAGGAGUCAAUGUACAGAAUCUUUGGAAAAAGGCAAACGGAAAACUUCAAAUACGCAUGUUUCUGGAAAACGGGUGCGGCAUUAUUUUGACGAUGACAAAUAUUCAUUGCAACAAUUAUUCCAACGUGAAAAAGGAAGAUCCGUGAAUGAAGAUGAUGCAACCUUUGUUAAAAUUGCUUCUAAGAAUAUGGACAUGGAUGAGAUAUUUGAAGAAAAAAUCACAAGCGUUCAAUCAAAUGCGAAACAAGAUGACAAAGAUCGUUCUCUCGCCAUUAAGGAACACAAACAGCUAUCAAAAAGUUUGGAUAGUUGUCGGUGGUGUAUUGAGUCAAAUUAUAUGUUGAAACAUAUGAUUGUUACAAUGGAUUCUGAAAUUUGUUUGAGCCUUCCUUCUUAUACUUCCUUGACCCAAGGGCACUGUAUAAUAACACCUAUACAACAUGUUGCUUGUCAAUUACGAUUAGAUGAAAAUGUUUGGGAAAAACUGAAGACACUGAAACGAGCUUUAUAUAAGAUGUUUAUGGACCUAAACCAGUAUCCAGUGUUUUAUGAAAUUUACAAAAGUCGUUACAAAUUUCCACAUAUGCAAUUAGAAUGUGUUCCUUUACCAAAAGAAAUUGGCGAAUCAGCACCAAUGUAUUUCAAGAAAGCCUUGUUGGAGUGUGAAACAGAAUGGUCAAUGAACAAAAAGAUUAUCAAUCUUGAGCACAAAGACGUACGUCGAGCUAUUCCGAAUGGUUUAUCUUAUUUCAUGGUGGAAUUUGAAACAGAUAAAGGAUAUGCACAUGUUAUCGAAGAAGAACAUAUGUUUCCAAAAAAUUUUGCAGAGGAAAUUAUUGGCGGAAUGUUAGAUUUAGAUCACGAUAUGUGGCGAAAGCCGAGAAAAGAAAAUUUUGAUCAACAACGAGAAAAAGUAUUAAAAUUUUCAGAAAUAUGGAAAAAGUAUGACUGCGGAAUUUAA